AGAAGGAAGACAUUCUUCUGUUUUUCCUUUGCUACGUUUUUCCUUUGCUACGUUUUUCCUUUGCUACUUCAAAUAUCUCAAGAUGAUUAGGCUAGUGUUUGGUAUAUUAGUCCUUUUGGCUAUAUUCCGUUUCCCGACGAUUGAAUCACGUAGCCACCAUCCUUCGGCGUAUUCCGGGAUUGAGUUUUCUGCAUUAAAUUGCCGGAAACACAAGGCGGUAAUAACUGAUUUUGGAGGAGUUGGAGAUGGGAAAACUUCUAAUACGAAAGCGUUCAAAACGGCCAUAAGCAACCUCAGCCACCUGGCGAGCUACGGUGGAGCUCAACUCGUAGUUCCUCCUGGAAAAUGGCUCACCGGAAGUUUUAACCUAACCAGCCACUUCACAUUGUUCAUCCAAAAAGGUGCCACCAUCCUUGCAUCUCAGGAUGAAUCUGAAUGGCCAGUGGUCGCUCCACUGCCAUCGUACGGAAAAGGACGAGAUGGAACCGGAACCGGGAGAUUCAACAGUCUCAUCUCCGGUACAAACCUAACCGACGUGGUCAUCACCGGUAACAACGGGACGAUCAACGGACAGGGACAGUAUUGGUGGGAUAAAUUCAAAAAGAAGCAGUUUAAGGUGACUAGACCGUAUAUGAUCGAACUCUUGUUCUCCAAAAAUAUUCAGAUCUCCAAUAUCACUUUGGUCGAUUCUCCGUCGUGGCAUAUUCAUCCUGUCUACUGUAAUAACGUCAUAGUCAAAUCAAUCACCAUUGUCGCUCCCGUUGAUGUUCCCAACACCGAUGGAAUCAAUCCAGAUUCAUGCACCAACACACUGAUCGAAGAUUGUUACAUAGUAUCCGGAGACGACUGCAUCGCCGUUAAAAGUGGUUGGGACCAAUACGGAAUAAAGUUCGGAAUGCCGACUCAACAACUCUCGAUCAGACGGCUCACAUGCAUCUCCCCGAAAAGUGCAGGAGUAGCCUUAGGAAGCGAGAUGUCGGGAGGAAUCAAAGACGUCAGAAUCGAAGACGUGACACUAAUCAACACUGAAUCCUCCGUCAGAAUCAAAACCGCUGCGGGACGUGGCGCUUACGUCAAGGACAUUUACGCAAGGAGAUUCACGAUGAAGACGAUGAAAUACGUUUUCUGGAUGAGUGGAAACUACAACCAGCAUCCUGACGAAGGGUACGAUCCCAAGGCGUUGCCCGAAGUUUCUAACAUCAAUUUCAGUGAUAUGACGGCUGAGAACGUUACCAUGUCGGCUAGUCUCGCUGGGAUUGAUAAAGAUCCGUUUACGGGUAUUUGCAUUUCGAAUGUGAACAUAACUUUGUCGGCUAAUCCUAAGGAGGUGCAGUGGAAUUGUACCAAUAUGGCUGGAGUUACGAGCAGAGUUAAGCCUGAGCCGUGUAGUUUGUUGCCUGAGAAGAAUAUGGACUGUAAGUUUCCGUCGGAUUUGAUUCCGAUUGAAAGUGUUGUCUUUAACAAGUGUUAUCUUUGAUAUGCAAUAUUGUCAGUGAAACAUGAAACUGAAUUAUAAAAGUUU